UCACCUGCGCCGGCGCUGAUGAUUUAAACCUGCGCGCGCUCUGGUGUUCAUGUCGUAUUCCCGUUUGGCCCAUUCACAGUAUGGCGCGUUUGGAUUUCUGGUGCCUUUUCUGGCUGGUCGUUUGUGUGUCGGGCGCGCAGUUUGUUUUUGCGGCGUCAGGAGAUGUGACUAAGAAAUGCGACGAAGACAAGGCUAUGACGCUGUCAUUUGGUGGCUCUCCAACCGUAUUUCUCCAGAAGACGAUUAACGGACUUGUAAAGGUAACCAAAGAUCUCCCAGGAAUCGUCCUGCGUGUAAAGUCUGGCCGCACCACACUAACGGUGCCGUUUGCUUCCCGGUACGGUUACGUGGCUGAGCAGCGUUCCCAUUAUGCCCUGGUCCUUGCCUUCGGACGUCCUUCUGAUUUGAAAAUGUUCACAUGCCCUAAGCCAGAUCGGCAGCCUGCUUUUCGAUUUAUUCUGCUUCCUCCAAUGACCGAGAGAUGCACAGUUGCAGCCAGUGAGAAGCUCCCUUGUGGAGGGUCUUCAUCCAUCACUCAAGCAGACUGUGAAGCCAACAACUGUUGCUAUGAUUCCAGCAGCAGCACCAGUCCAUGCUACUAUGCCAAUGAUGUGACUGUGCACUGCACCCUGGAUGGCCAGUUUGUGGUGGUGGUGUCUGAGAAUGUGACCCUUCCUCCCCUGAAUCUUGGGUCCAUCCAGUUGGUGGACAGCAGUUCCCCCAGCUGCAGCCCUGUGACCCGCCUCUCCAGCUUUGUCAUGUACCAGUUUCCAGUCAGUGCCUGUGGCAGCACAGUUCAGGUGGCUGGAGGCAAUGUGACCUACCAGAACACCAUGUCUGCUGCCAUCACUGUGAGGACUGGUCCAAUGGGCUCCAUCACCAGGGACAGUGUCUACAAGUUGUUCUUCCAGUGCACCUACUCGGGAAGCCAGGAUGUGCAAGUGGAGACUGAGGUGUAUACUGUGGCGCCACCUCUUCCAGUAGUAGAGCAAGGGCCAUUUGACCUGGAAUUGGUAAUUGCUACAGAUUCCUCCUAUGGCUCCUACUAUGUGGAUGCUGACUACCCUGUAACCAAAACUCUGAGGGAUCCUGUGGCUGUGGAAGUGCACAUCGUGAACAGGACUGACCCUAAUCUUGUGCUGACUCUUGGGGACUGCUGGGUCACCCCAGGUCCUUCUGCUUCCAGCCAGCCCCAGUGGAGCCUUCUGGUGAAUGGGUGCCCAUACACGGGUGACAACUAUUUGACCAGCUUGGUGACAGUGGACAGCACAUCUGGAGUAGCCUACCCAAGUCAUUACAAGAGAUUUGUAUUUGAGAUGUUUGCUUUUGUGGACCCUGUUGCUCAGCAAGCCUUGGCUGAAAAGAUCUUCAUCUACUGUGUUGCUGCUGUCUGCUAUCCUUCUGCCAUAGACCCCUGUACUCAGAGCUGCCCUGCAAAAAGAUUUGGCAGAGCUGCAGACAGGAUGGCACAACUUACUUUCUCCAGGAAGCCUGUGCUACUUCACAGUGGUCCUGUUGUGGUGAAGGCAGAUGGUGUGCAGACAUCAAGGCUGGAGCAGAAAGCCUCUCUUCCCUCUGGAUACCUGGUGCUGGGAGCUGCAGCUGCCAUAUUGAUGGUGGUCCUCGUUUUGGCUGUAGUUGCUUUGAGUUGGUUGAACUGGCAAAAUGUGAAUCUGAAAUUUUAAUAAAAGGCUUUGUAAAU